AUGCGUCAGACGGAGACAAACUACGACUUCAUCACGCUCUGGCACGUCGUCCGUCUCCUGGCGGGGUGGUACCUAGAAGUGCGAAGUGCUGGCGCAACAUGGAUGACCAGCAGCACCGCCGCAAACGCAUCGACGACAAUGGGGACAGCAGGGCAAGAUCCGCCGCUAAAUGGGACGCAUAUUGGAGACAGGAGAUUCAGCUGGAACUGGGAGGCCGUGCUGCUGUGCUGCGACUAUCUCGAUUUGUGGCCCGAGUCGCAGAUUGAGCAUUGGAGAAGGUUGGCAAAGACGUACAUGAGUAGCGAGGACGAGGGCGAGGCGGUGCUUCCGUGCCCCUUGAACCUUGGCCAGAUGGUAUCGCUGAUAUGCAAGGAGGAGACGAAUACCUUUGGAUUGUAUCCAAAAGCGACAGGUACAGAGACGACACCGAUUCCCGGGACGAAACAAUCGAGAGGCGAAUCGUACGGACUGGGCCUGUAUCCGAGAGCCGCCAUGUUUAACCAUUCAUGCCGACCAAACGUCUCGCAUAAACCGGACGCCCGCGGACGGAUGGUGUUUACGGCAGCUAGGGACAUCUCCAAGGGUGAAGAAUGCUUCAUCACGUACUUUGACCUCGCGGCGCAUGCGGACGUUCACAGUCGGCAAAAGUACGUGCUAGAGCAGUUUCGGUUUAGGUGUACGUGCGAUAAGUGUAUCGACGAUGAGGCGAGGGAGAAUCUCGAGGGGAAUGAUGCAUUGCCGUUUGGGGAUUUCUGA